AUGGACACCAGGACUGUUAGGAGUCAGCCCUGUGUCUUCCUGCUAACAGUGCUGAAGAUUUUCUCUGUGAACAUGGAGAAAAAGGAGAACGCUGAUGCCCACCACACAUCGGCGUUCCAGACUGAUAAGAUCGUGCUCAGGCGCGGGCAGAUGUUCCACAUGAAGGUGACGCUAAAUAGGUCUCUCCAACCUCAGGAUGAACUGAAGCUGAUAUUUGCUACCGGAGACAAACCACCCACCUUCGUGGAGCUUGAUCCGACGGCAUCCUUCCGUUCUCAGGGCUGGCAGGUGAAAGUCGCCAAACGGUCCGGCGAGGAGGUUUCACUGACUGUCAUCAGUGCUGCUGACGCCGUAGUGGGGCAGUACAGGGUGCACGUGAAUGAGUAUGACGCCGGAACAUUCUUCCUUCUCUUCAAUCCGUGGUGUGCAGAUGACACCGUGUACAUGCCUAGCGAGGAGGAUCGGGCAGAGUACAUCCUUAAUGACACUGGCUACAUUUACAUGGGUUUCGCCAAACAAAUUAAAGAGAAGCCCUGGACCUUUGGUCAGUUUGAGAAGAAUGUUCUGAAUUGCAGCAUGUCCCUGUUGGCCCAGCUGGAGCCCCACGAACGGCAGAGCCCGGUGUUUGUGUCCAGGACCAUUUGCACUAUGAUGUGCUCCGUGAACAAUGGUGUGCUGAUGGGGAAUUGGUCAGGGGACUACAGAAGUGGUACAGCCCCGUAUGUGUGGACCAGCAGUGUGCCCAUCCUCCAGCAGCACUACGCCACCAAGUUGCCCGUAUGCUUUGGCCAGUGCUGGGUUUUCUCUGGAAUCCUGACCACAGCACUGAGGGCUGUGGGCAUUCCAGCUCGAAGUGUGACUAACUUUGAGUCAGCCCACGACACAGGAAAGAAUCUCACAGUAGACAUCUACCUGGAUGAUUCAGGCAAGACAAUUACAGAUCUGACCAAAGACUCCAUCUGGAAUUUCCAUGUGUGGACAGAUGCCUGGAUGAAAAGACAGGAUCUGCCCCAGGGCUAUGAUGGCUGGCAGGUCCUGGAUGCUACACCACAGGAAAUCAGUGAGGGCCGAUUCCGCACUGGGCCUUCUCCACUGAGUGCUAUCCGCCAGGGAGAGGUCCAAAUCCAGUAUGACACCAAGUUUGUCUUCACUGAGGUCAAUGGUGACAAGUUCAUCUGGCUGGUGAAGCCAAACCAGGGCAAGGAGAAGAACAUCCUUAUCGCCGUGGAGACUGCGAGUAUUGGCAAGAAUAUCAGCACCAAGAUGGUGGGCGAGAACAAACGGGAAGACAUCACCUUGCAGUACAAGUUCCCAGAAGGCUCCCCAGAGGAGAGGAAGGCCAUGGAAAAGGCCUCUGGUAAGCGCCCUGAUGAGGAGAAGCCCAACCAUCCAUCAUCCCACAGCUUGAAGAUCUACGUCCUCCAGAAUUCAGUGGAGCUAGGAUACCCUGUCACUUUGACCUUAGUUUUGAAAAGGAAAACGGACACUCUACAGAACAUCAACAUUUCAUGUUCCCUCGAUCUACAGACGUACACAGGCAGCAAUAAAACAAACCUGGGAAUCAUCCAGAAGGCUGUGCAGGUCCAAAGCCAAGAAUCACAGGUGGUUCUCAACUUGGAUGCCGACUCUUACAUCUACAAACUGGGCAUGGUUGACGAUGAGAUGGUCAUCAAAGGGUUUAUCAUUGCAGAAGUCAUAGAAACUGGUGAAAAGGUGGCCACUGAUAUGACCCUGUCUUUCCUGUAUCCAGCUUUCUCUGUUGAGAUGCCGGACACAGGCAAGGUCAGCUGGCCACUUACCAUCAACUGCUCCUUCAAGAACACCCUGCCCAUCCCUUUGACUGAGAUCAGGUUCUCGGUGGAGAGCCUGGCCCUCUCUCACAUGCAAUCCUGGGAACAAGGGACACUGCCACCUGGAAAGUUCAUCCAUUUCCAAAUGAAAUGCACCCCAGUGAGAAUGGGACCCAGGAAAUUUAUUGUCAAGUUUACUUCCAGACAAGUGAAGGAGGUUCAUUCUGAGAAGAUUGUUCUCAUCACUAACUAGCCCAGCUGAUACAAAGGCAGGAGCCCUGAUUGGCUCUGAGCCUUAGCUAAGCUUGUUAGCAUUUCCUAAAUUGUACUUAGCUUUCAGGUAAGGGAUGAUUGGAUUUAAUUACUCAUGUAAGGGCAGAUUCAAGAGCCAGCCCAGCCAAAGAUAGAGCUCAAAG